AUGUAUCCCUCUCGCAUCCGACCGCCGUCCGGAUCGUCGUCGGGCGGCGGGCCCGCACGCAAAGUGUGCCAGAAGUGCGAGCAGACGGGCCACGCGACGUGGGAGUGCAAGAACCCGCGCCCCUACAAGUCGCGGCCCACGCGCUUCCAGACGCUCUCGGACCCCAAGCUCGACCGCAAGAUACGGCAGAAGCAGCUCGCCGUACAGGUCUCGCUCGCGGUCCACCUCCCGAUCAAGGUCCAGCUCCUCGACUCGCUCUUUGUCCUCAAGGUCAAGAUCAAGGUCAAGGUCAAGGUCGAGGUCGAGGUCAAGGUCCUACUCCCGCUCCCGCUCCCGCUCUCGCUCUCGACCCCGUUCCCUGUCCCGCUCUCCAUCCCGCUCCCGGUCCCGUUCAGCAACGCCGCGCAACAAACGGCAACGCCGUCAACGAUCGACCAGCACCUCCUCCUCUGCAUCUCGCAGUCCGGCCCGUGA